AUCAACAACCACACACAGAAAAAACAUAUCAAAUUCGGACAGGGAGGGUGCUCUGUUCCGUUUCCACCUUUACCAUCUGAAGUCCUUAGGACCUUAGGCGAGUCAUUGAAACUUGAAAGCCUCACAAACAGGGACCACCCCCCCCCCAAAAAAAAAAAAAAAAACAAACACACACAAAAAGGAAAAAAAUCAAAGAAGAACACAGACAUAACAGCUUCGGCCAAACCAGAGUAUCCAGUUGUAGAUCGAAAUCCUCCUUUCACCAAAUUCGUUGGUAAUUUCAACACCCUCGAUUACUUCCGUUUCGUCAUCAUCACCGGCGUGUCCAUCACCGUCGGCUACCUAUCCGGUAUAAAACCGGUAUUAAAAGGUCCUUAAAUGGUGACAGGAGGGCUAAUAGGGUGAAUGGGAGGAUUUAUGUAUGCCUACCAGAACUCAGCGGAUCGACUAAUGGGAUUUUUCCCUAAUGAGGGCGAGGUCGCCCAGUACCAGAAACGUGGAUUCAACAACUAGCGCCUUUUCUUCUUCCAUUCUCGUUUAUUCCCUUUUCUUGUUAUAAAUGUUUAUGUUUAGGAUAGAUUGAAGGACAAAUGAUUGCAAAUAAAUCUUUUUGCUUUGUCUGAUUUCCAAGUUGUUCAUUUCAAGGCAUUUGUCUUGCUGCUACGCUCUUUAGAGAUCGACUUAUAUGGGUCUAAGAUCCCAUUGAAAUGAUUUUGCCUUUGAAUAAUUGUUAGGAAGCACCA